AUGCUCGCUUCCGCCGCUUCAUACUUGCUCAUCGCAGCUGCUGCUCUCCAACCUGUCUUAGCAGGUGUAUACAUCACUUCUCCAGUCGGUACUACCCAAGCUACCGGUGGUCAAGUCAUCGAGGUCAAGUGGGCCGACGACGGUAAAACACCUACUGUAGCUUCAGUUGGACCAUGUUCAGUAGACAUCUACACUGGAUCAACUAACAAUCAAAUCAAAUUACAAAACUUGGCUGCAUCAGUGGAUGUCUCAAAGACAUCAAGUAUCAGCGCUACUAUUGAUCCAUCCAUCGGACAAGAUGAUUCACAUUACUUUGUACGAUUCACAUCAUUAUCAUUGAAAUCGGAAACUGCACCUCAAUAUCCAUAUGAAGCAUUCUCAGCCAUGUUCAGUAUCUCAUCAAUGACAGGAUCUUUCAAUCAAACCACUUUAGCAGCUAUCUCAGCUUCAAACUCGACGACAGUUUCAUCGUCAAAUGGCUCCAGUUCAAAUUCAUCUUCUUCAGGUUCUUCGGCUUCAUCAAAAGUGACAGCUGGAUUAGCUGCUUCAGCGUCAAAAUCAGGUAGUUCAGCUUCUGCUUCCGCAUCAAAAUCAACCAGUGCCGCUCUCAAAGAUGUAGUACCUGCAGGUAUGCUCUUGGGUGCUGCUGGAAUAGUCUCUUACCUCAUUCUCUAA